AUGGACAUUAUAAUUUCCUCCACUAACAUUACGUUUUUCUUCAAAAGGUCAUCCCCGGCUACCAGCACGUAUAUCAACACACACGUAACACUACUGAACGCACAACCACCAACCCACCGCUACGCACAACUACGCACUGAUGAUGUCACCUCGAUUGGUGAUGAAACGUUUGCAACCAAAUUGCCCAGCUCAACGAACAAGCCAACGACCAUCUACGCUACCUGA